AUGGCGGGUAGCUUUUUACCAUACCACGAGCCAGGAAUUGUGGAAAUCCUAAUCAUCAUCUCCUUCUUCUUCAUUCUCUCCUUGGCUGAAUGGGCGUCAGCCAAGAUCAUCCGCGCCGGAAUUAUCGGCCACAUUGCGGUUGGCAUAAUAUAUGGGAAACCGCUCGCCGAUAUUCUGGAGGCGGAUUGGCAGAAGACUUUCCUAUCUUUGGGCUAUGUUGGUUUGAUCUUGAUCAUCUUCGAAGGCGGCCUUAGCGCUCGGAUCGAUCUUCUCAAGGCCAACUUGAUGCUUAGCAUGCUCGGCGCCGCGACAGGAGUUUGCAUGCCCAUUGGCCUCUCCUAUCUGCUUCUUUAUCUUGGAUUCGGAUAUGGUGCCGUCGAAACGUUUAUCAUCGGCGCAGCCCUGUCGGCAACGUCUCUAGGUACAACCUUCGCUGUCAUUUCUUCCGCUUCCAGUACCGUAGAUCUCGCACAAACACGGGUAGGCUCUGUGCUGGUCAGUGCCGCCGUGAUUGACGAUGUAGUCGGCCUCGUCAUGGCAAGCGUCAUCGGGAACCUGGGUCAAAUCGAAGGAGGUCAGGACGUGAACCUGGGCUGGCUCAUUGGACGUCCUAUCGUGGCCUCCAUUGGCAUGGCGAUUGUCACUCCAGUUGUGACGAAAUAUCUCUUCGCCCCGAUCUUCCGACGCUUCAUCGAGCACCACUUUGCGCGAUACGACCACAUUUCCAACAUCAUUCUGAUGACUUUGUCCUUGUCUGCAUUCAUUACGAUUGCUGCAUACACUGGGACCUCGGUUCUCUUUGGUGCUUUCUUGGCAGGAACAUUCCUAACCUACAUACCCAGCAAGCAUCCAGAGGGUCCAUUCGUCGUCAUGAGCCGCGAGGAAGGUGAACGGUUCGCGGACAAGAGCCCUACAUUCGUCCAUACCUUCGAACGGUACCUUAUGGACGUGCAGAAGUAUCUGAUGGAGCCGUUGUUCUUCGCGAGUAUCGGAUUCGCCAUCCCAUUCGUGCAGCUCUGGACGGGUAAAAGAAUAUGGAGAGGUAUCGUAUUCACGCUGCUUAUGGGCUUCGCCAAGGUAUUCUUGUUCCGAUCGUGUUUCCCAAUUGCAUUCACCACUAACUCAGACCAGUUCAUCGUCGGUAUAUGGCUGCCGCUGUGGACUUGGAGUCCAGUUUCUUCGCUAUUUGGGAAAAAACACUCACACCGUGGGGAGAAGAGCGAGGCCCGCGAGGAGCACCCUACAGCCCAGGACGUCGAGGAUAAACGGAAAGACCACCGGACUAUCUGGCUCUCUGCAUUGUUGCUGGGUGCUGCCAUGGUAGCGCGGGGUGAAAUUGGACUGUUGAUCAUUGAGAUUGGAUACAACGAGACAUCCUACGUCAGCGAGGAGGGCCUCAUCACCGGUGUCUGGGCAAUUCUGCUGAAUACGAUCAUUGGACCUGCUACAGUGGGAAUUCUGGUCAAGUACUGCGGCCAGCGGAUCGGGAACGGUGAAUGGGGCUUACAAGAGCCCGUGGUGCCGACCCAGACAGCAGCUGUAUGA